AUGACCAGGAGGACUGGUGGACGACACUGUUUUGAAGACUGGCGCACGUAUGGGCACUGCUGCCAAGAGUCGCCUCCUGUUUUUGAAAUACAUUUCCCUGCAUCAAAGGGAAGCGACAUCGAGCUGGAUCCCGUAAUGGGGAAGAGGAAGGGAAUGUGCACCAGGUGGCAGCAGGGCACUCAAGAAAUACCCUGGACUCUGAAAAACCAAAGCUUCGAACAGAGAACAUCCGGAUGCUGGGACCGCUAUGUUGCCGAAAGGUGUUUCUGCCUUCCGUGGAAAAAAGUACGCAUUUGUAAAGCAAAGCCAGAUUCCUCAAAGAAGAAUAAAGGCAUGUCAUCUGCUCCCACGCAGCAGGACGAUGCUGAUCAGAGCUCCUCGGAGGAUCUCUGCUACACCCUCAUUAAUCAUGGCGUCCUUGGGAGAAGGCCGUCAGGGAUCUCCGGUGAGGGGUGCUAUGAGAAUGUUUCCCCCAAGACCAAGACAUCCAGGAAGUCCUUGGGAGAAACCGAGACUUCAUACACACUUCUCCGGGUGCCUUCCUCCCCAAGGCAUUUGUCUUCCCCAGAAGAUGAAUAUGAACUUGUAGUCCCUAGUAAAAUCUUCCACUCCCUGCAACAGCCACAUCUACCUCUGCCACCGUCGAAGACUCAGGUUUCCUAUUUAUAAUGAAAUAGUUGGACCAGUACUUGUCUAAUACCAGUAAAUAAAAACCGGGGGUGCGGGGUUCUGGUUGA